UUCUCUGGGCCCAGAGUGAUUGCCCAACUGCUGGUGAGAGGAGCACCGGUGGGAAAGGUUACAGGCGUCCGCUACAGCCAGCCGGGGAACAGUGAGGUCACUUCCGCCUCAACAAUCAGCCACCAUGGCAACAGUGCCAUGGCAACCAGCCAGUCUGUUUUACAGCAAGUCUCUCCAGCCAGUCUGGACCCUGGCCACAGUCUCCUCUCACCUGAUGGUAAAAUGCAGAUCUCCGUCUCCGGAGGUGGUUUGCCCCCUGUCAGCACCCUGACGAAUAUCCACAGCCUGUCCCACCAUAAUCCCCAGCAAUCUCAAAACCUCAUCAUGACCCCCCUCUCUGGAGUCAUGGCCAUUGCACAAAGCCUCAACACCUCCCAAGCACAGAGCGUCCCCGUCAUCAACAGUGUGGCCGGCAGCCUGGCAGCCCUGCAGCCUGUCCAGUUCUCCCAGCAGCUGCACAGCCCUCACCAGCAGCCCCUCAUGCAGCAGAGCCCCGGCAGCCACAUGCCCCAGCAGCCCUUCAUGGCAGCCGUGACUCAGCUGCAGAACUCGCACAUGUACACACACAAGCAGGAACCCCCCCAGUAUUCCCACACCUCCCGGUUUCCAUCUGCGAUGGUGGUCACAGAUACGAGCAGCAUCAGUACGCUUACCAACAUGUCUUCCAGUAAACAGUGCCCCCUCCAAGCCUGGUGAUGCCCACCCAUCACUUACUUUGUGCACAGCAACAAGGACCCUAUUUGCCACACCGUCCGCCUCCAGGCAGCUGUCACGGAAAAGGCCAGUGGCCUGACAGGCACCUUCGAGAGAGGUCCCUGCCUACCUGACAUCCCGCUGGUGUCCCGGACAGACAAGGACAGCCCGCUGGGAGGCACAGCCCAGAGUGCGGCUUCCCUCCCCUUCUACGCAGUAUUGUCGCCAUGUCUCUCCCAAGAUGUCCAGGACUCCCGUCCAGCCCAUGGGUGGGAGCCGAGAAACCACGGAGGAGGAAGAGAGAAAGCUGUCGUGUCUACGUUGCGCUCCCUCGUCGAACAAACUGAUGUGAAAAACUUGAAUCUGUUACUGAAAUGAGGAGGACACGUGCUAUUGAACUGAGCCAAACACACUGUAAAUAUGAGCAGCCUCCCGCCCCCUACCCCAUCCCAGCUGAUCUUGAGAUUUCUUUUGAAGAAGUAAAUUUCUCCAAUGGGUGUAAACUAUAACCUAAUGUAAUUAAGUGCAAUUGCCCCUCCGCUUCCUCCCCCCCACCCUGUAUAUAAUACUAAAGUGUCUAUUAGUUCUCUUUGUAAAGGUCGGAGUUGAAUCUUCCAAGUGAUUGGCCCCCUUCCCCCCUCCAUGGAGAAAUAGCCUGAGUCGGGAGUGAAAGCUCCUCCCCCUUUCCCUCCGGCCUGGACACACACCCACACAUCAGGACCGUGUCUGUGGGACUGACCACCAGCUAACGCCGGCCUCCUGUUGUGAAGACACACCUCUGGAUCCUGGAGGGGCCGCACGUGGAGGCAGACUGAUACCCUAGCUUCCGGCCGGGCUGGGGGUUCAGCCAGUCCACCACCAAGAUGCCGCAAGGCAGGACAACUGGCUGCUUGACGGCACAAGAAAGCAUGACUCUCUCCGAAAGCCUCCCAUUAAAACAGUUUAUUUUAUCACUGCCCA